AUGUUCACCACCAAAUCCGAUGUAUUGGCUGCUGGUUUGCUAAUGCUGGCCAUUACAACCACAGCUCAACAAGGACCGCCUCUAUUACGAUAUCUUGGAGGCUCUAUACUCACUAAUCCGAUAACUGUAUAUCCCAUAUUCUAUGGAGACUUCUCAUCGAGCUCGGGAGCUUCUAUGAAAACUGCCAUAACGAAUCUCAUAACUGACGUGGCGUACACCCAAUGGUGGGAUAUGUUGACAUCGACUUAUAAGGAUGCGAACUCAAAAUACGUUACGAAUUCGGUGACGCUGGGACAAUCAGCGCAAUUAACGACGGUGGAUUUUACAGGCUACUUUCAGCAGGCAGCUAUAACGAAUGCCAUCAAUUUGGGAUUGCCAUUGGACAUUACCGGAAUCUAUGCUUUAUUCUUCAGUGCAGACACCACGCAAGCCGAUUCACCUGGAAUAGGAGGAACACACUCAUUUGUGGAUGUUACAACAUCAAAAGGAAGUGGCAAAGUUCUCUUCAUCUACCUGCCGAUAAACUCAUUCUACCAUGCUGCUGGCCAGCUACCGAAUUGUGAGAAUGAUGGAUUCAAGAUGGGACUGCCGAGCUCGGGAGGGGCAGUGGGAUCUAGUGGAUUAUCGGCACCAUUGCGAGGACCUCAAGGGUGUCUAGAGUCGGCUGUUGUGAAUCAAUUGGCACUCAAGCUAGCAUCAACAGCAACAGACCCGUAUGGGACCGGAUGGUUUACGGUUUCAGGAUGGGAAAUUGGUGAUGUCUGUUCAGGACAGUUUGGAGUGACGCCCAUUACUCCUACGCAAAAUGUGUACACGAAUGUUGCCGCAGUUAAUGGUUUUGGAAGGUCGUAUCUGUUGCAGAAUUUAUGGAAGAAUUACUACCAAACCAGUGACACUGAUGCUCAAUUUGGUGGAAGUUGCGUGGGAGGAUUGAGUCUGCCAGUGUAUACAUACACUGCUAUUCAUACGCAAACAAUUAAUGCCGUUGCAACCGUGACAACUACUGUCUGUUCUGGAAACUCGGUGGGAGCUUCAUCGGUGAAAGACAUCUGCAUGGAUCGUGUUGUCAGUCCUGGGCCUGAUCCAUACACAAAUCUUUUUGGUGGUUACGAAGGAAUGGGCGCGUCCGGUGCAACGUCCUUUGUUUCGAACGGUACAGAAUUGCAGCUUCGUGUAAAAUCUUUACCAGCAUUCUGGGUAUCUGCAUUGAAUGGAUCUGGGUCCUCAUUUGACAUCAGUCAAUUUAGCUAUUUGGCUUUUAACGUGAUAGUGCCAACACACACGUCAACAUUCUCAGCUGGCUUCUCCUACAACAACAUUGGAAGCACUGGCACCAAAAACACGUCAGGGGACACAUAUCUCGAAGUCUCGGACUUCAUGUACUAUGUUUCGCCUCUGGAAUACCAAGUCUACAUACCCAUAAACAAGAUGACGACAGACGCCACCAAACUAGCAGUUGCCAGAGAAAUAGUAUUUGCCGAUUUUAACGAAGUCGACAAGUAUAUAGUGUGGAAUGUGCGGCUGAGCUGUGCAAUUGAAUUUGCCUCUGUAUCAAAGAGGGAUAUAAUAGCACCAGAACCGGCAUUCACACCGCCUCCUGAACCAGUACCUGUAUUUGCCAAUGAUGCCAUAGUACAGAUGAUGGAUAAGAAUAUCUUUCUACACGGUCGUGCUGUAGUGGCUAAUGCUAUAACAAAAACUGUAUGGGUGACGUCGACGUAUAAUGCUGCUGGUGCAACUCAGACCGUCACAGUUACUCAGGCUUGCAGUACGCCGGCUCCGCAACAAUUGGUAUCUUCGGGACUUUGUGUGGGACGUAAAGUAGAUCCGAAUCCACAAUCUAGUAGUGUAAAUCUUUUGGGUGGUACCGAGACAGCUGGCCCAACUGCUACUACUAAUAUUAAUAAUGGCGCUUUGAAUAUUGCCUUCAACCAAGUCAACGGAUGGUGGGUUACCUCCUUGCAACCCGGGGGAAAGUCGUUAGAUAUUUCUACACUUUCGGUGUUGUCAAUGCUGGUCACGAUACCGUCUUCUUCAGCUACAUUUAGUAUUGGAUUCACGUAUAAUAAUAUCGGAGGAACAGGAUAUGACAAAAACACCACUGCUGGAGCAUCUACAUUUAUAGAUAUCGCUCCCCACCUGACUGCCACUGGUGCAGGAACAGCAACCUUCAGUGUUAAACUACCAAUCUCGAGCUUUACUAACAAUGUGGCCAAGUUACAGAAUGCUAAAGAGAUAGCAAUAGUGGCAAACAAGGCCGUUGGAACAAUUGUGAUACCACCACGUCUCUUUAGCGUGAAUUGGGGUGCUAUGGAGAGCAAUUCACCACGUAAUUCAGGUGUCGAGACGCGUGCCAGCCGUGACUCCCGAGCUUCACAAUCAAAAACAUUGUCAAAUGCUCAAAUCAACAACGUCAAGUCGACAUCCAGCAGCAGCACUCGGUUAGAGGAAGAGGACGACAGCGCAUAUGGAAUAUUGGACUCGAUAGUCAAGCGUGCCGCCGAACUAAGUGAAAGAGAACGAUCGCAGGACACAACAUUACCCAAUAAUACUACGACUGCUGCACCAGCUACUGAAGAAAAUGGAGUAGCUGCAGCAUCACCUACCAGCACAACAGCUCAAGAUGACCCUAUUAGCGUCGAAGGAUUGGAUAAUGCUAUCGCAUAUCUCGUCGCAGAUGGAUCUGAUUCCCAUUUAUUGAGACUAGCCGACGUAUUCAACAAACUACGAGACGCCUACCUACAAUCCAAAACAUCUGAAGACAAGCUGGUAUCCAAAUGCAAGGAGCUCGUCAGUGAAAUUUCCACCACUGCAUCCAAAGUUUCCAAGGCUGUAGCAUUGUGCCAGAAAGAUCGAACGACAAUCACCGUGUUGCAAAAGGAGAUUCAAACAGCUUGGGGUGUUGUCGAGUCGUCACGUAUCAAGGAGGCUCAAGAUCAGGAAACCAUUGCUGGGUUGAAGGAAGAGCUUGAAGCUGUAUCUGGAAAUGCUGCCUCUGGUACGGUACCCAGAAGACGUAAAACGACACUUUCCUCUGCUGGUGCCGAUGAAGACACCAUCAAGUUGCUCACCGCCGAAAAGGAACAGCUCGCCAAAGAUUUGUCUGAUGCCAACCUCCGUGCCGACACGCUGCAGUCUGAGCUAGACGAUGCUCAAAGCCGAAUGGAGGGUAUGAACAAUGACCGACUCACUUUGGAUAUCGAAUAUGGUGAAUUACGAGAAAUGCUGAGCUCCAAGAAAUCUGAAUUGGAACGUGAAGUUCGCAACAAGGAGAAACUCGAGACCUCGGUCAAAACAGCUGCCGAACAGUUAGCCAAAAAGGAAACCGAAAUCACACACAAGACGAACGAGGCCCGAUUACUCAAAGAAUCCAUUACACGUCUCGAGACAACAUCUAAGGACGAACGUAGUAGAGCAGAACGAGCCGAAAAAGACAAGGAACAUUUACAUACUCGAGUAGCUCGUCUCCAACACGAAUACGAGGAACAAGUCAACACUACCCAGAAACUUCUCGCCGACAACCAACGCUAUGAAACCGAAUUAUCUAAAUGGGAUUUAGAGGCUGCCAGAUUCCGCGAUGAAGCACGUAACGUCUCUAGAAUGAGAGACCAACUUACCAAACGCAUCAAGCAACUGGAAGCUGCCAAACUCGACAUCGAGAUCGAGCGUGAUCAAUACAAGACCAUAUCGCUCGACCGUGGUCACGAAUCCGAAGCAUUCCGCAAAGAAAUCGACGAUUUACGUAAACAAGUCGAUGGUCUUAGCCGAGAUCGUGAUGUAGCUCAGAAGUCGCUAGUAAAAGCCGCCGGAUCCGCCCAACGCCAAAUCUCACUAGUCCGUGUCUCGGAACGUGAGAGACGUAAUUUGGAACAUGAGAUUGCUGGACACAAGGAAGAAGCUACUAAAGCGCGUAAAUUGAUUUGGGCGCUUGAACGGGAUCGUGAUUCGCGGGCUGGUGAAGCAUCGCGUAUUGCGGAGGCGCUUCAGACUAGAGAGGAAGAGGUCAAGAUUAAGGAGAUGUUGAUAUUUGAUGGGAGAAAGAGAAUGGAUGAUUUGGAACGCAAACUCAAGGAACAGCAGAGCUUGUAUGAGAACGUGAGAACCGACAGGAAUCACUAUUCCAAGAACCUGAUGGAAUGCCAAGAUGAAAUUACCGAAAUGAAGCGAAAGAUAAAGAUUAUGAACCACCAAAUUGAGCAGUUGAAGGAAGAAAUCGCUACCAAGGAAUCAGCUCAUGUGAAACAAAACUUUGAACACACCAAACUGGAAAAGGAAAAGGAAAGCUUGUCGUUGACUAUUGGCAAGCUUCAGACACAAUAUGAUGAUGCCACGAAGCAAUUGCAAAAUCAGCGAGCUGAAGAAGCAAGACUCAAGCACGUCAUUGAUGAUGCUGACGCUCAAGCAGCACGACUACGAAAAGAGCAUGAAGCCAUUUUGCAAGAGAGGGAUCUCCUGGGCACCCAACUUAUCCGCCGCAACGAAGAAAUGGACCUCUUGUACGAAAAGAUCAAACUCCUAACCUCAACACUCGCAUCCGGAGAAUCCGCCUACCGCGAACGUCUAGAAGACAUCCGAGUCCUCAAACUCGAAGUGCGACGAUUAAGGAGAGAAGGUGUUGUGCUUAAAUCCGAGGCUGCCAAUUUGGACGUGUUGCGGAAUGAGAUAUUCAAGAUUCAGCGAGAGGUGUUGAAGGAGAGGACUAGAGUUAAAGUUUUAGAAGAGGAACUCGAAUCCCCAAUGAACAUCCACAGAUGGCGCAAACUGGCAGGCUCGGACCCCUCCACAUUCGAAUUAAUCACCAAAAUCCACGCACUUCAAAAACGUCUCAUUUGCAAGACUGAAGAAGUCGUGGAGAAGGAAUUGGCUGUGCAACAAGCCCAACGCCUGUAUAACGAAGUCAAGUUAUCGCUGCAGCGACAACCGGGGCCCGAGAUUAUUGAAGAGUUGAGGAUUGUGAGGAGUGCGUUGAAGGGGAAGGUUGCUGAGGCCAAGUCACUCGCAUCCGAGCUAAACAUGUACCACUCUCAAUCCAACGAAGCGGGUUUCACAAUCGAGAAACUGGGGCAGGAAUUACAAGAACUGAAACGCAAGUACUAUGAAGAAAAACGCAAGGAACAAGCAGCCAAGAACCGAGACACACCAGAGAUUCUAGCAAACAAGAGACUAAAUUCACGGAUAGCUGGAGCUGGGUUCUUCUUUGGUAGUAAAUUGGAAGAGGUGAAAUCGCCUGGUAAACAAGAAAUCUUGACAGUCAAUGCCGCAUAA